CGCGUUAGCGCUGACGUUGUCCAAAGGAGGAAAAUGGCGAUGGGUUGCUUGUCAAUGAGGGACACCGCGACUCCUGCAACAUUAACCUGCAAAAGACGAGUUGCUACAAUGGUCCCCGCGUCGUCUGGUGUGUUCAGCAGAAGCGCUCUGUUUGUUUUAUCCGUGGCGUUAAUGUUGCAGGCAGUUUUAGGAGACGGAAAGACUCUCGUUCUGCUGGACAAUCCCAACAUCAGAGACACUCAUUCAAUCUUCUUCCGCAGUUUAGCAGAUCGUGGGUUUGACCUUGCCUUCAAAACUGCUGAUGAUCCUGGUCUCUCUUUGAUCAAGUAUGGCCAAUUCCUCUAUGACCAUCUCAUCAUUUUCUCUCCAUCAGUGGAAGAUUUUGGGGGCAACAUCAAUGUAGAGACCAUUACAGCCUUCAUUGAUGGUGGAGGAAAUGUUCUCGUUGCUGCCAGCUCUGAUAUUGGUGAUCCUCUGAGAGAGCUAGGCAGUGAAUGUGGGAUUGAAUUUGAUGAGGAGAAAACUGCUGUUAUUGAUCACCAUAACUAUGACGUUUCUGAUCCUGGUGAGCACACCCUGAUUGUUGCAGACCCAGAGAAUCUUCUUAAAGCCCCGACUAUAGUUGGCAAGCCCACUGAUAAACCGGUCCUGUUCAAAGGUGUUGGCAUGGUGGCUGAUCCAGAUAACUCUCUGGUGCUGGACAUUCUGACAGGAUCUUCCACCUCUUACUCCUACUUCCCAGAUCGCCCCGUCACGCAGUAUCCUCAUGCAGUUGGAAAGAACACCCUCCUGAUCGCCGGUCUCCAGGCAAGAAACAAUGCACGUGUGGUUUUCAGCGGGUCACUGCACUUCUUCAGUGAUGCUUUUUUCAACUCCCCUGUGCAGAAGGCUGCCCCUGGGUCAAAGAGGUAUGAACAGACCGGUAACCAGGAGCUGGCUGAGGCCCUGUCUCGCUGGGUGUUUAAGGAGGCUGGUGUUCUGAGGGUUGGGGCUGUUACCCAUCAUCCAGUUGGAGAGAGCACUCCCCCUGCUGCCUACACCAUCACGGACCUUGUGGAAUACAGCAUUGUGAUUGAGAUGUUGUCUGGUGGAAAGUGGGUGCCUUUUGAUGGAGAUGACAUUCAGCUGGAAUUUGUCAGAAUUGAUCCAUUUGUUAGAACCUACCUCAAGAAAAAUGGUGGAAAAUACAGUGUACAGUUCAAGCUUCCAGAUGUUUAUGGAGUUUUCCAGUUCAAAGUUGACUACAACAGACUUGGCUACACACACCUGUACUCUUCAACCCAGGUUUCUGUCCGCCCCUUGCAGCAUACCCAAUAUGAGCGCUUCAUCCCCUCUGCCUUUCCAUAUUAUGCCAGUGCCUUCUCUAUGAUGGCAGGACUCUUUGUUUUCAGUGUCGUCUUUCUACAUAUGAGAGAAAAAGAGAAGUCUGAUUAAAAUGAGAAUUAGUGAGCAGGAGUGCAAGAAAAUGUAAAAACAAAAAUGGUGUUUAGACCUCUGGCUGUCAGAAAUAGAAAUAUGAUGGUAUGGGGUCUGUUUGGUAAGUUGGAGGUUGUUUUUUUUUUUUUUUUAAGGGGGUUGAGUAGUUUAACAAUAUGUUUUGGUUUUCUGGUUUGCCAACUGGUCAUUUAAAGUGAUUUGGGACAUGCGUCAUUUUUUAUUUGUACAAAAUGCAAAUUGAAUUGGUUUUUAUGAUACAUGCACUGAUGUUUUGGCUCUUGCUAUGAAAAUUUCAUUUUGAAAUUUACCAUUUGUAAAAAGAGGAAUGGAUUCUCAAAAUGUGGUUGAAAUACAUGAAAACAGUAAAGUUUUAACAUUCCACCACUAAA